ACACACAUCAGACUAAUCAUAAAUGUGAAAUAAGAUACUAAAUUAACAAUAAUACCAAGUUUUUUUUGUAGUUGCUUAGUAGUAGAGUUGUGUUGAGAUGUUUGUGUUUGAUUGCUACUACAGCUACUAUCACUUCCCUAAAGAAGUAUUCGACAUUAUGUUAUGAAAUUAUACACUUUCAUUUCAUUUUAUGUUGACUUCAUUACACUUGUCUCAUAAAGUAAAAUAUGGCAAAUUAUAUACUCACCAAGAAAAGUCUUUCAUCUUCUGUAUGACCAGUGUUCUUUGGGUCACUGUCAAUUCCACUAUCUUCCAUGACAAAAUAAAAUGUUAUGUUACAUAAAAGACUUACACUUUCAACUCAUCUGGAAAAAAAAUGCAACACUGUUUUACACUAAAAAUCAAACACUUAUUUUACAUAACCACAUACAUAUACAAGAAUUUCUUAUGAUAUAACUAACAAAAUACCUCUUAUUAUUUAAACGUUAAAUAACAAUGCAUAAAUUCCAUUUAUAAUGUACACACAGUCAUUGUUUGUACACAGGUACUUUGUAUAGGUACUUAGAAAAUAAGUAAUUUCCAAAUGUAACAUAAUCUACAAAUAAUAUGUAUUGUAUUGCACAAAAGUAUACUUAAAAAUGUACAAUUUUUUAAAUUUUACUCACAAGUAUUUGUGUAUAAUUCUGACUUAUCUAUAAGUACCAAGCAUGCUUACAUUAUCAUGGCAAGUUCUGUUAUUGAUUUUCUUUCAUCUAUAUAGUCACACAGACAUUUCUGCAUUAUUGCUGGUUUUUUGAAAGAAAUAAACAAAUUUCUAUUAAAAUAUAUGAUAUACGUUUUACACUGUAUGCAUUGCAAAUAUAUCAAAUUUAUUUUAUAAAUUUAAAUAAAACAAUUUUUUUUUAAGUCAAAUUACUUAAAACUGUAUAUUUCGUUUAAUAAUGCUAAUAUGCAAUAUUAUAUUAAUUGUUAUAAUAAAUUAAUAUAAGAUAUGAUAUAAUAUUUCACUUAAAAUAAAUAUUACUCAAAUAGUACCAUAGCAAUAUAACAUGUUUCCUAGGAAACCACACUUCUACAUUUCCUAAAGAUAAAUCUGACAUACUAAACUUCAGGUCAUUUUUGUAAUGUAUGUUUACUGUAAUAAAGUAAUGUUUGCUUUUUAUGUAAUCUAUACACCAAUUUAAUUUACACAGGAGAGCAACAAAAUUUUAAUAUUCUUUUCUACAGUUUUGGAAAGUCAAAACAAUGCCACACACAAAGAGAUCAGCUUCCAAGGCAUCAGAUAGGGAUAUAAUGAGACAUAUGAGUUUUGUGCGAAGUCGUGUAGACUUCAGUGGAGCUGGUGAUAUGGAAUGGAUGCGUGGAAAGGUUUUUCUCAAACCAGAUGAUCAACUACAAUUGACAGAAGAAGAAUUACAAGAAGAGUUUGCAAGAGUUCUCACUAUACAUAAUACAAGAAUACCAGAUUCUUUAGUUGAAUGGUCAUGGAAAUUGAAAGAAUUUAUAAAAUUACCACCUCCUCCACAUUUGAUAACUCUUUUAAAUGUACAGGGAACUAUAUUGCACAAAGACUCUGAAGAAGCAAAAGUGCAGUUAUCUGGUGGUCUUGUUGUGGAAAGUCAUCAGGAUGUGACACACAUGUCACAUGACGAUGAAGGGGAGAAGGAUGAAGAAGAGAAAGAAGAAGAAGCAGCAGGUGAAGAAGACAAAGGAGAAGAGAAAGAAGAACAAGAUGAUGAAUUAACAUCUAAAGAUGUUGAAAAAGAACAAAAAGAACCUGAAGUUGAAGUUGAACCAGAUGAAGAAGAAAUAGAAACAAUAAAACCUAAAAAAAUUCCAAAUCAAUUUAAUUUUUGUGAAAGAGCUGCUUUAACAUAUACUAAUCCUUUACGGGAAAUGAGUACACAAACUGUACCUCCACCAACAGGAACGUUUAAUACACAUGUUUUUCAAUGGACAAUUUUUGAUGAAUAUCAAGAAGAUUUCGCGCAACAGCAACGUGAAAGAGAAAAAGAGAAAAGAAUUCCAAUCUUACAACUAAAGAAGGAAGAUAUAAAAAGACAAGCUCAAACGCAAUCCAUGGUAGUAUCAGCGCGAAUGUUACAAGCAGCAAAAACAUUAGAACGAAUGGUGAAUCAAAAUAUUUUUGAUGACAUAGCACAAGACUAUAGGUAUUGGGAUGAUCCAAGUGAUGAAUUUAAGGAUGGGGAAGGAUCGUUAUUGCCUUUAUGGAAAUUUAGUUAUGAAAAAACUAAGAAGCAUGAUGUUACCGGUUUAUGUUUUAAUGGAAGAUAUUAUGAUUUAUUUGCAGUAUCUUAUGGAACAAUGUCAUUUAACAGUCCAUUAACAACUGGAAAAGUUUGCUUGUUUAGCUUAAAAAAUCCAUCAUAUCCAGAAUGGAUCUGUAAAAUAGAAUCUCCAGUAAUGUCCUUAGCCUUCAGUGAACAACAUCCACAUCUUCUGGUUAUUGGCACAAUGGAUGGUGCUGUUGCUGUUUAUAACAUCAUGUUACCACCUACAGCUCCACAAUAUAAGAGUAAUGAUGUUGGUCAAAAACAUGGAGGUAUAGUAUGGGAGGUAUGUUGGGCACCAGAUACAGAAGAAGGUAAUUUAGCAUUCUACAGUGUCAGCAUUGAUGGAAAAAUAAAUUACUGGAUAUUAAAUCAAAAUGAUCUUGGCUUAACAACGGUUAUGACACUUUUUCUAGACCGACCACCAAUACCUGGACCGGAUGGUACCAUGAUUACACUUAAAGGAUGUGGAACAUGCCUUGCAUUUCAUCCUGCAGAUCAAAAUGUAUUCUUAGUAGGUACAGAAGAAGGAACAAUUUAUAAAUGUAAUACGGCAUAUAGUAGCGUUUAUAUGAAAACUUAUGAUGAGGCACACAAUAUGCCAGUGUACCGAAUAGUAUUUAAUAAAUUUAAUUCUACCAUAUUUGCAAGUUGUUCAGGUGACUGGAGAAUAAAAAUAUGGGAGGAUAAUAGAAUGGAACCUUUAUUUAUGUUUGAUCUUGGUGUUCCAAUUGGAGAUGUUGAAUGGGCACCAUAUAGUUCAACAGUAUUAGCUUGUGUUUCCAAUGAUGGAAAAGUCACAGUAUUUGAUUUAAAUGUCAACAAAUAUAGACCAAUAUGUAGUCAAGCAGUUGUUAGUAAAAAGAAGAAUAAACUAACUCGACUAGCAUUUAACAACCAACUUCCAUUUAUUAUAGUUGGCGAUGACAAAGGCACUGUGACUACUUUAAAAUUGUCACCAAAUCUUAGAAUAAAAGUAAGACCAACCAAAAGGCAACUGCAUUUAACACACAGAGAUUUAGAAAUUAUGAAGUUAGAAAAACUGCUAAGUUUUGUACGUGAACCACCCAUAUUAAUACCACCAGAGGAUGUAAGAAUAGUGACAUAAUUAAAUUAUAUUUUUACUAAGUAAAAACAAUUUGUCCCUUAUUUAUUUACAUCAUAAGUAACAAGGAAUACAUUAUA